CCAUGGUCGCCACGUCCCGCAGCCAUGGAGUGGAUGCCGAUGGGAGCGCGGGCGAUCGUGAGCACCCUCAUGGGCUACUGCUACACCGUGGGCCAGUUCCUGCUGGCCGGGAUCGCCUUCGCCCUCCCCGACUGGCGCCGCCUCCAGCUCGCCGUGUCCCUGCCCUUCUUCGGCUUCUUCCUCUACUCCUGGUGGCUGACGGAGUCGGCGCGGUGGCUGCUCAUGGCCGGGAGGCCCCAGCAGGCCCUGAAGGAGCUCCGGAAGGUCGCCAGGAUCAACGGGAAGAGAGAGGAAGGGGACAAGCUCGACAUCGAAGACCUGAGGUCCCACCUGCAGAAGGAGACGACGGCGUCGCGGAGCCGCCACUCGGUGCUGGCCCUGGUGCGGACACCGACCCUGCGCCGCAUCUCGGGCUACCUCUGCUUCGUCUGGUUCUCCACCAGCUUCGCCUACUACGGGCUGGCCAUGGACCUGCAGAACUUUGACUUCGACAUCUACGUGAUCCAGCUGAUCUUCGGCGCCGUGGACAUCCCGGCCAAGUUGGUGUCCGUCCUCACCAUCACCUACGUGGGGCGGCGCUUCACGCAGGCGGUCGCGCUCUUCCUGGCCGGUGCGGCCAUCCUGGCCAACAUCCUGGUGCCGCGAGGUGAGACCGGGGGUGCCGGGGUGGUGCCCCCUCAGCUCCGGCCUCUUGGGACCCCCAUGAGGUCAACAUACCAACACGAGUCUCACACUUUGAGUGGUUUGGGCUUUUUGUGGGCGAUUUUCCCCAAAAUCCCGGAGUUCGGGGUUUUCUUUGGCCGCCCAACCCAACCCAAUGCAACUCAACCCAAUCCAACCCAACUCAACCCAACCCAACCCAACCCAACUCAACUCAACUCU